UUCACUUUGUUCUGUGGUAAAAAGAAUAAUCGCUUUUAUUAUGUGAUUCUCUAAUUCUAGGGUUUUGAUCUCGAGCUAGGGUUUCUUUUAAUCAAGGGUUUUGAGAAUUUCCUGAGAAGAUCGGGUAUCUGCAACUCUAGGAUUUGAGGACUUGCUCUGCUGAUCUGGUUUCUGCAAAUUUAGGGUUUUGAGUUUUUCUUUGAUGAUCAGAUCAGGUAACUGAAAUUCUAGGGUUUAUUAGUUUAAGAUGAUGAUGGUUUGUCUUAGAUUGAAGACCUCCGAGAUCUGUUCCGUGGUUAAUUACUCUAUUUCUUUGGACUAGGGUUUGAUAGAUUUGAGCUCUGUAUAUGUUUGAAAAGUGGCAGUAACCGGGAACUGAAAUUCACAGCUGGUGUUUCUGAAUUACAGCAGAUAUUUCUAUUUAGUGGAACGUUUUGGGAUCUAUUUAUGUUAGCAAAAUGAGAUGACCCCAUAUUUUGAAGAGUUAUAGCUAGGAUUUCAUUUCUUUAUGAGGAUCCCGAGUCCUGGUUUUUAUUUUCCUGAUCACUAGAAUUUUGGAAUUUUGAUUAGAAGUCAGUAGAUUUAUGCUCUGAAAGUCUUGAUAAUAUUGGAAUUCAUAGUUGGUAAUUGAGACUUGAUGGGAAAUGAUAUCUGAUGAUGAACUUUAGGUGGUAAUUUUUGUCUAGAAUUCUAAUAAAAUCAGGCUCUUUCUUUCGAUUUUCUCAACCUUAUUGGUGUAUUUUGGAAUAAUGGCUCAAGAAAGCAAGAAGAGAGAUGCUGAAGAUAUGGGCCAUGAGCCACCUAAAGGCCCGAUUUUUUGUGCAAAUAAGUGUGGUUUUUUUGGAAGCGCUUCAACAAACAAUCUUUGCUCAAAGUGUUAUAAGGAUUUCUACCUAAAGCAAUUGAAGGAGGAUGAAAAUAUCACAGACAAGGUGAUUCCUUGCUUGAAUAAUGAACCCAAUGCAAAAGUCGAUGCGGCCAACCUGCAAAAUUCAGAAGAUGGGAAGAAGAAUAAGGGGGUAGUCGUUGAUGGAACCUCUUCUGAAGAGCCACAAAAACAAGCUCCAAAUCGUUGUCGUCUGUGCAGGAAACGUGUUGGAUUAGCUGGAUUUCGAUGUCGAUGUGGGGGACUGUUUUGCUCGACUCAUCGAUACUCUGAUAAACACAAUUGCUCAUUCGAUUACAGGGCUUCUGGCCAAGAUGCAAUUGCCAAGGCAAACCCAGUUGUCAAGGCCGAGAAGGUUGAAAAGAUUUGAGGAUAAUGAGGCAAAAAAUCCAUAUCAUCAUUUUUACUUUACCUUUGCUUUGAAAUUCGUGAAGAAAAAUAUUCAUGGGAAUUUGGCUUUAAGUGGGCUCUUCUCUAUGCUCUAUAAAAAAGAAUGCUAUGCGUGGAACAGAUGGCAUGUGAUCUCUUCACAGAUUAUUCAUGUCUUAUGAUGCCAUUAUGUGGGUUACAGUCAUAGAUCUCCUUGAUUGUUUGGUGUUGGCCAUGUACAGUCUGAUUUUCUCUAUGAAGUGGGUCUCUUCUUAUUGUUUUUGUCCAUAGUUCUGGAGUCUCUUAUGGAAAUGCAUUGUGGAAACAGUUUAAUGAUAUCAAUAUUACUCUCUUUUUUGUGUUUUA